CUGUGUCUUGUUUAUUCUCCCUAGUCCCUCUCGUUAGUGCUGAUCCAAAAUGGCGGGAGGUUUGGAUUGUCUAAAAGUCGAUGGAAAACUCAACCCUCCUGCAGCAACGCUACAAAACUGUCUUAAGUUUUCUCAUGAUUGUAAAUAUCUAAGUCUUUUAUGUGAUUUUGGAUUGACGACUGUUAUUGAAAUAAAAGAUAAGACAUCAUUAAUCCCACGUGGAGUUGUGUUGAAGACGCUAAAACAUGACAGUGAGACAUUAGAGGGACACACAUGGUCUUCAGAUGAUGAGAUAUAUGCAGUGCUCAGUCAGAAGGCUUACAUUUACAUGAAAACAAAAUCUGGUACAAAGUAG